UUGCCUAUUACGACGAGGGGUAAUUCUGGGAAGCAAAAAAACCCAAAACGUAGCUAGAGGGGAAAGGAGUCGAACGUUUUCCAUAUUUUCUCUUCCGCUCAUCGAAAACCCAAAACUGGGGCGUGUAAGAUGGGAUGAGGCUAAUCUGGGGGAAAUUGAAGCGAAUAAACCUGUGAGGCAGAAAAUCACUGAACCCAAGACACCAUAUCACCACAUGAUUGAUGAUGAUGGAUCUUUGUCUCCUAUACGAGGUAGCUUUGAUGACUGUGUCGGUGACACAAUUCAUGCAGAAGCAAUACGAACUGCUUUAUGUGAUGUGGCUUCUUCAAGUAGAAAGGAUGGCCAGAAAUCAGGUGGCUGGACAUCAUCUGAGGAUGAGGCUGAUGUCACGGAGCAGGAUGAUGAAGAUUCUGAGGGCGACAGGAAUGGAAUGAGUUUUAGAGAGCACAGAAGAGCUCACUAUGAUGAAUUUCUCAAAGUAAAAGAACUCCGUCGGAAAGGUUCAUUCCUUGAGGAUGAAGUCAACGGGGGUGGUAAUGGUGUUAUGGAAACAGAUGGGAAAUGUGAUUCGUCUUCAUCUCUAACUGCUGGUGUGAAGGAAAUAGAUAUCGAUGAAGAAGAUACUGCAAUUUUGUGUCAAAAAUCUUCUGCUCCUCCAGCUAAUGGGGCGUAGAUCAAGCUAAUCAAGGACUCAAAAAACUGACAAUUGUUACUGCAUGCUGUUGCAGUGUUGUAGUUUUUUGUCAAGUUUUUAUAUGACCGCUACGUUGUUCAAUGCUGUCUGUGUAAUAUAGUUUUCCUCUUUCGUUAUGACAUGAUUAUGGGAGGAUGUUCCUUGAACCAUCAUAAGCUUUUUUAUUCUGGAAUUAGCAAUUGUCAUAUUCCAUCAACAUUUAUCGAACAACAUGGACUCAAUAUGAUUUGGGCUUUUUCCUUUUCUGCUCAA